AUGCGUGUGUGUGUGUGUGUGUGCAUGGUCCUCUCUCUCUCUCUCUCUCUCUCUCUCUCUCUCUCUCUCUCUCUCUCUCUCUCUCUCUCUCUCUCUCUCUCUCUCUCUCUCUCUCUCUCUCUCUCUCUCUCUCUCAACGAAAUUUGGUGCAGCGGCAGCAUGGCGAGUCGGGCAGCGGGGAAGAAGCGCGCCAAGCGGCAGGCGGCGGCGGAGCGGCAGCGUCAGGGUGAUAUGGUGUCGUUGUUGAGGCAAUUGUCUGAGGAGCAGGGUUUGGAUGUCGAUGACAAUGUGCGCGCGCUGCCGCAGUGGAAGGCACCGCCUUCAGCCGAGUUUCUCGCGCGCGCCGAGCAGCGGGCUAAGCGAGCGCGCCGCGAACACGUGGGGCGUUCUGAAACCGAUGCACUCGACAACGAGGACGACAACGAGGAGCAAACGUCCAAUCUCGUUUCGUUUUUUGAUUUGUUGAGGGAUCUACGCGCCGAAGUCCUCACACCCGAUGGACCUGUGCCAACGGAGCGGCCCGCUGCACUUCGCGCUUGGCUGGAUGAACUCGUUGUUGCGGGCCAAGAGGAUGAGGACUUGCGUGAGCUGGUUCGGCAUUUGCGACCACACCUGCAACGACUGGCUCAAACACUGAGCGCAGCCUCUCGUACCCCCCUGUCACCCAAGGCGGCCCUCUUGGCCAUGGUAGAUCUACGCUGCCUGCUUUUUAAGGCCUACUACGCCUGCAUCCAGCAUGGAGGUAGCCCACUCCGCGCAUGUGCCCUCCUCAGUCGCGAUGACACGGUCAUGCAACCGCCCGACCUCGUCGACCUCUAUCGGGCGGCCCUGCCGAAACCGGCCAAACGCCGCGCCCGACGCCUGGCCGUGUUGGAAGCCGUCAAAGCAGUCUCCCCGCGUGCUUGGCGAGCGUUCCGUCGCACCUGGGGCCUCACCGACACCGCUCAGUGGGUUAAGCCCCGUCAUCCCAAUCAGCUGCUCGCCCUGGCCCGGCUCCAGUUUGACGAGGCCACAAUGCUGGCCGCGGCCUCGGAAUUACUGGCGCUGAACCUCCACUGCGACUCGGAGGCAGCCCGGCGCCAGACCCCGCGCCCGGCGCCACCUUUGCUGCUUGAAUGGGAUCGCAGUGCCCGUGAAUGGCCCACCAUCAUUUACGACAGCCUCAUCCCCAACGAUGCCGCCCUCGAUGCCCUGGCCGGCUGCCCGCAACCCGUCUUGCAACUUGGUGCUGGUACUGGCUACUGGGCAAGUCUUUUGGAGGCGUAUGGCGUCAAGGUCGCAUGCCAUGAUCCAACGCCACCACACGAAGGACCACACAGCAUCCACCUGCGCGCCCCAGAAUUUGUGCAGGUGGCCAACGGCGGCCUGUCCGUGGCCAACUCGCCGGACCAUCCAACCUUGCUUCUAAACGCGGCCGACGCCCGCCCCGGGGGUGCCCUGGGCGGUGAUCUCGCUCUGGGGAGCCUCCAGCGCUUUCGGGGCUCACACGUUGUGUUGAUCGGCGAGUGGCGACCCACCACCGAGCCCGACGCUGCAGCCGACGGCUCAGCCGAUCCCGCCCGCGAUGCACCGGGAGCCGGCCUCUUUGAGGCUGCACUCUGCAAAGAUUUUGUGCUUCAACAGCGCGUGUCCCUACCGGCCAUGCCGUAUCAAGCACCGGCACUCUGGGUAUUUGUGCGAAAAACUGAGCAGGCCACCGGCGCCCUCUCCCUGGACGAACCGACGCUGGCCGGUGCUCGCACCACGCUACCACCUGGUGCGCAGCUAUGGCGGUGCCAAUUCUGUCAUGCCUUUGUUGUCGAUGGCGAUGCGGCCGCGCAAAAGUACCGCGCCGAGCACGAAGGCGUACACAUACUUCGGAGUAUCCGCCUACGCCGCCCCACCACCCUGACCACGGUUGCUCUGCCCCAUUGGGUACCCCUGAGCCGCCCCGUGCUCGCCACUGGUACCAGCGCGGCCAACGCCGUGCCCUGGACCGAUGCAGAUGCAGCCGGCGAUGCUCCGGCCGAAACAUAA